AACAGUUUCUGAAGCACGUGAACGUCAGAGGCGUUCAGGUUGAAUGUGAGGCAGAAACAAGCCAACCAACAAACCUUGGCAAUGAAAACUUACUGAUACGCCGAUGUAGUAUGUUUGCAAAUAAAAAAGCCUGGUUUUCAAGCAGUGUUUCACGGGCACGUCGGGAUUUUUGGCUAGUGGAGGAUGGAAUAGUUACAGGUUGGAGAACAGCAGAUUAUCUUUUCAGUGAUGAUGCUGCACACCCUGACACACUCAGGAUUUUUCAAAGUAUAGAGUACCUCUGGGACAAGAUUACUGUUUUUCACAGCUUGUUCCUGUGUGCAUGUGAAAAGCGACAGAGUGUAAAGUCAGUAAGCAUCGGACACUAUGUGCUGCCUCCGGUCGCAGUGCAGGACGCGGUGAGAAAUGUGGUUGGAAGGCUUAUUUGGGAGCAUGACCAGCCAAAUACACAGAGUUUUGCUGACCAGGCUGCCAGCGAUUCCAAGAAAGAGGAGUGCAGCAGAGACGAGAGUGAUUCAUUCAGUACAAGCACGUCAGAGAACGAAUUGUGUACAUGUUGCGAUUAAAGGAUGAUUCAUUCAGUGAAAGUGUUACAGGUGUAUGUCACCAUGUAGCGCCUGCAAAAAUGUACCGGUGGGACUGUUGUUAUUGCCAUCCAAAUUGUUUCCAGUGCUCCAAGACAAUGUAACACCCAUACCUGCAUGCCAAAAGUCACAGAGAAAAAAAUGACCAUUUGUAUCUAAUGUACUGAAAAUUAAACGAUUAUUGUUUA